UCACCUACCGCACAGAGAGAAAACAAGGAGAUGGAGGAGCCACUUGAGUCUCACGUCCUCAUCCUGCCGUUCCCAGCGCAGGGCCACAUCAAGCCAAUGCUCUGCCUGGCGAAGCUCCUCGCCACCUCCGGCCUGCGUGUCACCUUCCUCAACACCCACAACAACCACCGCCGCGUCCUCCCACACAACCCCUGCUCUCCUCCCUCCCCCCUCCUCCGGUUCGAGUCCAUUUCCGAUGGCUUGCCCGAUGACCACCCGCGGAGCUUGGAACGGAUCGAAGAGCUAGUCCUAUCGAUCAAGAUGGCGAUGAAAGCUCACUUGAGGGAGUUUCUGCUUCGCGAAUGCGUCCAGCUUCCCGUGACCUGCGUCAUAGCGGAUGGGAUCAUGUCCAUUGGCAUUGAUGUCGCGGAGGAGCUCAGCGUUCCGGCAAUCUCGUUCCGGACAUACAGUGCUUGCUGCUUGUGGACUUACUUUUGCAUCCCCACCUUCAUUCACGAGGGCAAGCUUCCAUUUCCUGAUGAUGAUCUGGACAAGGAGUUCCAUGGCUUGCGAGGAGCUGAAGGCCUUCUGCGACGGAGAGACCUACCGAGUCUUUGCAGAUCACAGAUCGAUAGCAACUUAUUUCGCUAUUUUAUAGACGAAACCAUUGCCAUGACCCAAGCUUGUGCUCUCAUACUCAACACAUUCGAUGCCCUCGAAGCCCCGAUGCUCUCACAUCUCGCCACCAUCUUUUCCGAUGUCUACUCGAUCGGGCCCCUUCAUGCCCUUGCCAUCCAAUCCAAAGGAGGGCAUUCUUCUGGACGUUCUGAAUCCGUAAGCAGUCUUUGGAUUGAAGACCGAAGUUGCAUGGCGUGGCUCGACUCGCAAGCAUCGAGAUCGGUCAUCUACGUGUCAUUCGGGAGCUUGGUGAAGAUCACGGUCGACCAAUGCAUGGAGUUUUGGCACGGCCUGGUUAAUUGCGGGAGACCGUUCUUGUGGGUCUUAAGGGAGGACGCGAUUUUGGGUGAGAAAGAGGAUAAUGUGAAAUUACUACUUUUGGAACUGAAAGUUACUAGCGAAACACAAUGCCUUGUGGAUUGGGCGCCGCAAGAAGAGGUGCUUGCUCACCCUGCUGUCGGGGGUUUCUUGACGCACAGCGGGUGGAACUCGACCUUGGAGAGCAUAGCGGCAGGAAUCCCCAUGAUUUGUUGGCCUCGCAUUGCGGAUCAACAAAUUAAUAGUUGGUGUGUGAGUGAAGUUUGGAAAAUUGGGCUUGACAUGAAGGAUACAUGCGAUAGAUCGACGAUCGAGACAUUGGUCAGGAUAUUGACGGAGGACAAGAAAGAGGAGAUAAUGAAAUCGAUGGCUAGGAUUUCAGCAUUGGGCUCGGAUAGUGUUGGCCCGGAGGGAUCUUCAUCGAAGAACUUGGAAAGACUAAUUGAAAAUAUAAGGAAGAUUGGUCGAACAAGUUGAGUAAUCAGAAUAUAAUUUAAUGUGAAUCUCCCAAACUGCGUAAUUGUUCACUUUGAUGAGGCGACAAUGCUUGUUUCACAUAAUUUUCUUUUCUUUGGCCAUGAUAAUUUGUAUUCAGGA